AUGAUGAAGUUUCUCGCUCUCAUAAUCGCCCUUGCGGUGGCCUUCAACGAAGUCUCCGGUCACUACAUCUUCCAGCAGCUAUCUAUCGGUUCCACCAAGUACGGCGUCUUCCAACACAUCCGCAAGAACACCAACUACAACUCCCCCGUGACAGACCUCGCCUCCAACGACCUACGAUGCAACGUGGGCGGCGCCAGCGGUGCGCAGACCACGGUGGCCAACGUCAAGCCGGGUGACUCGUUCACCUUCACCCUCGACACCGCGGUCUACCACCAGGGACCCAUAUCUCUAUUCCUUUCCAAGGCCCCCUCUCACGUACAGGACUACGACGGCUCGGGUAAAUGGGCCAAGUUCAAGGACUUUGGGCCGACCUUCUCCAACAGCCAGGCAACGUGGCCCCUGAGACAAACCUACGAGCACAAGAUCCCGACGUGCCUCCCCAAUGGCGAGUACCUGCUGCGCAUCCACAACCUGGGGAUUCACAACCCGUGGCCGGCGGGCGUCCCCCAGUUCUACAUCUCGUGCGCCCAGAUCAACGUCACCGGCAGCUCUGCCCCGGCCAGCGCGUUCGCUCCGACGCUCAGCAUCCCUGGUGCCUUCAAGGAGACGGAUCCUGGAUACACCGCCAACGUAGGCACAGUUCCCAGGAAAUACUUUUGGGGAGGUGCGACGCUGACAGUUCUCCAGAUUUACCAGCCUGGAUUCACCUCGUACGUGGCUCCGGGAGGCAAGGAGGUAAGUCUCUGAGAGCCAGAUGGAAUCCGCAUCAGUUGACGAUCUUCAGUGGACGUGCUAGUUUUGUGACGGUCGAAUAUGUGGGACAAUAUCAUGCUUCAAGGACUUUCAUUCAACACGACUUCGUUUCUAUGGAAUGCUGGGUAUUGUUCCACGGUGCCCAGUUAACGGUCGAGCCAAGCAAUUAGACUUCUGUCUAGUUUGGGGGGGACCUGAGUUCAUUGUACUGUCUUUCACAUUUUGGUAU